AUGUCGUACAACAACGAUCAAAACCAACACUAUUAUGAUCAGCAAGGUCAAUAUAACCCUCAACAAGAUGCUCAAUAUGACCAAUAUGCUGAUCAAUACAACCAACAAUAUGAGGAUCCAAAUGGCCAACAACCAUACUACAAUGAUGGCUACCACGCGUCUCAAGAAGGUUUGAACAAUGGUGAAUACUAUGAUCCUCAAAAUGAUGCUUCAUACUAUUCACAAGGUUAUGAUCCUGCUACUGGUGCUGCUUAUGAUCAAGGUUACAACCAAGAAGCUUAUUAUGAUCAACCAAGGGGUGGUGCUAAUGAUCACGAAGCCUUUUCUGACUUUAGUUAUGGUGCUCCAAAUGCUCCAGGUACUCCAGGAUAUGACUCUUAUGGUACUCAAUACACUCCAUCUCAAAUGAGUUAUGGUGGCCCAAGAUCUUCAGGUGCAUCAACUCCAAUUUAUGGUUCAAAUGGUGCUUUUGAUCCUUCUUCAAUUGCUGUCGCUUUACCAAAUGAGCCAUACCCAGCAUGGACUGCUGAUCAACAAGCUCCAAUUGCCAUUGAACAAAUUGAAGAUGUUUUCAUUGAUUUGACUAACAGAUUUGGUUUCCAAAGAGAUUCAAUGAGAAAUAUGUUUGAUCAUUUCAUGACUUUAUUAGAUUCAAGAUCUUCAAGAAUGUCACCUGCUCAAGCUUUAUUAUCUUUACAUGCUGACUAUGUUGGUGGUGAUACUGCAAAUUAUAAAAAAUGGUAUUUUGCUGCUCAAUUAGAUCUUGAUGAUGAAGUUGGUUUCAGAAACAUGAACUUGGGUAAAUUAUCAAGAAAAGCUAGAAAAGCCAAAAAGAAAUCCAAGAAGGCUAGAAAAGCUGUUGAAGAACAUGGCCCUGAAAACACUGAAGAAACUUUGAAUGCCUUGGAAGGUGAUAAUUCUUUAGAAGCUGCUGACUACAGAUGGAAAGCUAAAAUGAACAAUUUAACUCCAAUUGAACGUGUUCGUCACGUUGCUUUAUAUUUGUUAUGUUGGGGUGAAGCUAAUCAAGUUAGAUUUACUUCAGAAUGUUUAUGUUUCAUUUACAAGUGUGCCUUGGAUUACUUGGAUUCUCCAGCAUGUCAACAAAGAGUUGAACCAGUCCCAGAAGGUGAUUAUUUAAACAGAGUCAUUACUCCAAUUUAUCGUUUCUUGAGAUCUCAAGUUUAUGAAGUUGUUGAUGGUCGUUAUGUUAAACGUGAAAGAGACCACAACAAGGUUAUUGGUUAUGAUGAUGUUAAUCAAUUGUUUUGGUACCCAGAAGGUAUUGCCAAAAUUGUCUUUGAAGAUGGUUCAAGAUUGGUUGAUUUAGCCCCUGAAGAACGUUAUGUUAGAUUGGGUGAAGUCUCUUGGGACAUGGUUUUCUUCAAAACUUAUAAAGAAAUUAGAACCUGGUUCCAUUUGGUUACAAAUUUCAAUCGUAUUUGGAUUAUUCAUGGUUCAGUUUUCUGGAUGUAUAUGGCUUAUAACUCCCCAACCUUAUAUACCAAAAACUAUCAACAAUUGGUUAACAAUCAACCUGUUGCAGCUUAUAGAUGGGCUUCAGCUGCUUUAGCUGGUACUUUGGCUUCUUUUAUUCAAAUUGUUGCCACUAUUUGUGAAUGGUUCUUUGUUCCAAGAAAUUGGGCUGGUGCUCAACAUUUGUCUCGUCGUUUCUGGUUCUUGAUUUUGAUCUUUGCUGUCAAUUUAGGUCCAAUUGUCUUUGUCUUUGCUUAUGAUCCAUUAACUGUUUAUUCAAAAGCUGCAUUAACAGUUUCCAUCAUUAUGUUCUUUGUUGCCAUUGCCACUAUUGUUUUCUUUUCAGUCAUGCCAUUAGGUGGUUUAUUCACAUCUUAUAUGAAAGGUUCCACAAGAAAAUAUGUUGCUUCCCAAACUUUUACUGCUUCAUUUGCCAAAUUACAUGGUUUGGAUAUGUGGAUGUCUUACUUGUUGUGGACUAUUAUUUUCUUUGCCAAAUACAUUGAAUCUUAUUGGUUCUUGAUUCUUUCAUUAAGAGAUCCUAUUCGUAUCUUAUCCACUAUGGAAAUGACUAGAUGUGUUGGUGAAUAUUGGUGGGGUUCAGUGUUGUGUAAACAACAAGCCCGUAUCACUUUGGGUUUGAUGUACAUGACUGAUUUGAUUUUGUUCUUCUUGGAUACUUAUAUGUGGUACAUUGUUUGUAACUGUGUUUUCUCAGUUGGUCGUUCAUUCUACUUGGGUAUUUCAAUUUUAACCCCAUGGAGAAACAUUUUCACAAGAUUACCAAAGAGAAUUUACUCCAAGAUUUUAGCUACAACUGAUAUGGAGAUUAAAUACAAACCAAAAGUUUUAAUUUCUCAAGUUUGGAAUGCUAUUGUUAUUUCAAUGUACAGAGAACAUUUAUUGGCUAUUGAUCAUGUUCAAAAAUUAUUAUACCAUCAAGUUCCAUCAGAAGUUGAAGGUAAAAGAACUUUAAGAGCUCCAACUUUCUUUGUCUCUCAAGAUGAUAACAAUUUUGAUACUGAAUUCUUCCCAAGAAACUCUGAAGCUGAACGUCGUAUCUCAUUUUUUGCUCAAUCAUUAGCUACUCCAAUUCCAGAACCAUUACCAGUUGACAACAUGCCAACUUUCACCGUUAUGACUCCUCAUUAUUCUGAAAAGAUUUUAUUAUCAUUAAGAGAAAUCAUUAGAGAAGAUGAUCAAUUCUCUCGUGUUACCUUAUUGGAAUACUUGAAACAAUUACAUCCUGUUGAAUGGGAUUGUUUUGUUAAAGAUACUAAAAUCUUGGCUGAAGAAACUGCUGCAUAUGAAAAUGGUGAUGAAGAAAAGGAUGAAAAUGGAUUGAAAUCUAAAAUUGAUGAUUUACCAUUCUACUGUAUUGGUUUCAAAUCUGCUGCUCCUGAAUAUACCUUGCGUACCCGUAUCUGGGCUUCAUUAAGAUCACAAACUUUAUACCGUACUGUUUCUGGUUUCAUGAAUUAUGCUAGAGCUAUCAAAUUGUUGUACAGAGUUGAAAACCCAGAAAUUGUUCAAAUGUUUGGUGGUAACGCAGAAGGUUUAGAGAGAGAAUUGGAAAAAAUGGCUAGAAGAAAAUUCAAAUUCAUUGUUUCUAUGCAAAGAUUGACUAAAUUCAAACCUGAAGAAUUGGAAAAUGCUGAAUUCUUGUUAAGAGCUUAUCCAGAUUUACAAAUUGCUUAUUUGGAUGAAGAACCUCCAUUAAACGAAGGUGAAGAACCAAGAAUCUACUCUGCUUUAAUUGAUGGUCACUGUGAAAUUCUUGAAAAUGGUCGUCGUCGUCCAAAAUUCAGAGUUCAAUUGUCUGGUAAUCCAAUUUUGGGUGAUGGUAAAUCUGAUAACCAAAAUCAUGCUUUGAUCUUCUACCGUGGUGAAUAUAUCCAAUUGAUUGAUGCUAAUCAAGAUAACUAUUUGGAAGAAUGUUUGAAGAUUAGAUCUGUUUUAGCUGAGUUUGAAGAAAUGAAUGUUGAACAAACUAAUCCUUAUGCUCCAGGUUUGAAAUUUGAAGAACAAAACAAGAACCAUCCAGUUGCCAUUGUUGGUGCAAGAGAAUAUAUUUUCUCUGAAAACUCUGGUGUUUUAGGUGAUGUUGCUGCAGGUAAAGAACAAACAUUCGGUACCUUGUUUGCUAGAACUUUGGCUCAAAUUGGUGGUAAAUUACAUUAUGGUCAUCCUGAUUUCAUUAACGCUACUUUCAUGACUACUAGAGGUGGUGUUUCUAAAGCUCAAAAAGGUUUACAUCUUAAUGAAGAUAUUUAUGCUGGUAUGACUGCUUUAUGUCGUGGUGGUCGUAUCAAACAUUCUGAAUACUUCCAAUGUGGUAAAGGUAGAGAUUUAGGUUUUGGUUCAAUUUUGAAUUUCACAACCAAAAUUGGUGCUGGUAUGGGUGAACAAAUGUUAUCUCGUGAAUAUUACUACUUGGGUACUCAAUUACCAUUGGAUAGAUUCUUAUCAUUCUACUAUGCUCAUGCUGGUUUCCAUAUCAACAAUCUGUUCAUUCAAUUAUCUUUACAAAUGUUCAUCUUAACUUUGGUUAACUUGAAUUCUUUGGCACAUGAAUCUAUUAUGUGUUCUUAUGACAGAAAUAAACCAGUUACUGAUAUCUUGUAUCCACUUGGUUGUUACAACUUGGCUCCAGCUAUUGAUUGGGUUAGACGUUAUACUUUGUCUAUUUUCAUUGUGUUCUUUAUUGCCUUCAUUCCAAUUGUUGUUCAAGAAUUGAUUGAACGUGGUGUUUGGAAAGCUACUCAAAGAUUCUUCCGUCAUUUGUUAUCAUUAUCACCAAUGUUUGAAGUUUUCGUCGGUCAAAUUUAUUCUUCAUCAUUGUUGAAUGAUUUAUCAGUCGGUGGUGCUCGUUAUAUCUCAACUGGUCGUGGUUUUGCUACUGCUCGUAUUCCAUUCUCAGUCUUAUACUCAAGAUUUGCUGGUUCAGCUAUUUACAUGGGUACUAGAUGUAUGAUCAUGAUCUUAUUCGGUACAGUUUCUCACUGGCAACCAGCUUUAUUAUGGUUCUGGGCUUCCUUAUCAUCAUUAAUGUUUUCUCCAUUCAUUUUCAACCCACAUCAAUUUGCUUGGGAAGAUUUCUUCAUUGAUUACAGAGAUUUCAUCAGAUGGUUAUCAAGAGGUAACAACAAAUGGCACAGAAACUCAUGGAUUGGAUACGUUCGUAUGUCAAGAUCCCGUAUUACUGGUUUCAAACGUAAGGUCUUGGGUCUUGAAUCUGAAAAAGCUGCCGGUGAUGCAUCAAGAGCUCAUCGUACCAACAUUUUCUUUGCUGAAAUUUUCCCAACUGUCAUCUAUGCUGCUGGUUGUUUUGUUGCUUUCACUUUCAUUAAUGCUCAAAAUGGUGUCAAACAUGUUGACCCAGUCAACUCAGUGUUGCGUGUUAUCAUCUGUACCUUGGCUCCAAUCGUUAUUGAUUUAGGUGUUUUGUUCUUGUGUAUGGGUUUGUCAUGUUGUUCUGGUCCAUUGUUUGGUAUGUGUUGCAAAAAGACUGGUUCAGUUAUGGCUGGUUUCGCUCAUGGUGUUGCAGUCAUUGUUCACAUUAUCUUUUUCAUUGUUAUGUGGGUUCUUGAAGGUUUCAACUUCACUAGAAUGUUGAUGGGUGUUAUUACAUGUAUUUACUGUCAAAGAUUAAUUUUCAAAUUGAUGACUGCUUUGAUGUUGACUCGUGAACUAAAGAGUGAUAAUGCUAAUACUGCUUUCUGGACUGGUAAAUGGUACGGUAAAGGUAUGGGUUGGGCUGCUUUGUCUCAACCAGCAAGAGAAUUAUGUGCUAAAGUUAUUGAAUUGUCUGAAUUUGCUGCCGAUUUCGUCUUGGGUCAUAUCAUCUUGUUUGUUCAAUUCCCAUUGGUUUUGGUUCCAUUAAUGGAUAGAUGGCAUUCAGUUAUGUUGUUCUGGUUGAAACCAUCCAGACAAAUUCGUCCACCAAUCUACUCAUUAAAACAAUCACGUUUACGUAAACGUAUGGUCAGAAAAUAUCUUGCAUUAUACUUGUUGGUUUUGAUCAUAUUUGCUGCUUGUAUUGUUGGUCCAGCUGUUGCUGCUAGUCAUGUUCCAUCAAACAUCGGUAGCAGUUUGACCGGUGUUUUCGCCAACUUGGUUCAACCAAGACACCAAUGGAACAAUGAUACUGGUCCAAAUGCUACAUCAUUAACAGGUUACUACUUCACAUCAACUCCAUCAUUAUCAACUUGGUCCACCAAGGCUUGA